AUGCAAUUCUCCACACUCCUCGUCUCUGCCCUCGCCGCUGUUGCCACCGCCAGCCCAUCCCUCCGCCGCCGCCAGGCUGACUGCCCCGAGGUCGACGCCGUCCCCGCCUGUGGUCUCCCAUGCAUCUACACCGCCGCCGCUGAUCUCGGCUGCCCCGACAACACCGACUACGCCUGCAUGUGUGGCCAGUGGGACGCCCUCCGCUCCAACGCCGCCGGCUGCGUCAUCUCCAGCUGCGGUCUCCUCAACGCCAUGACUGUCCUCAACGCCGUCCAGGCUGUCUGCGAUGCCUGUGUUGCUUAG